AUGGGGCCUUAUCAACCGGAACUGGAAGCAUUUCCUAAAUCUAAGUUUGGGAACAAGAUGCGUCAAUUUAAUCCUGAUUGGUAUAAGCCUCCAUACUCUGGUUGGUUGGAAUAUAGCAUAAAAGAUGAUGCUGCAUUUUGUUUGUGUUGUUAUUUGUUCAAGAAUGAAUUUGAAAGUCGUGGUAAUGCGGGGAGAGCAUUUGCAGACGAUGGUUUUAGGAGUUGGAACCAUGGUCCGGCGAGACUUAAAUCACAUGUUGGUGAAGUAAAUAGUACUCAUAAUAAAUGUUUCAAUAGGAUGCUAGAUUUGAAAAAUCAACGUCAAUCGAUUCGAGCUUCUUUGUCCAAUCUCAAUGAGAAAGACAAGAGUGAUUAUCGAAUUCGAUUAAAUGCCUCGAUUAAUGUGGUAAGGUUUCUCCUAAGAAAUGGAUUAUCAUUUCGUGGUCAUGAUGAGAGUGAAGAUUCCGAAUACAAAGGUCUUUUUCUUGAACUUUUGGAAUUUCAUGGAAAUAACCAUCCGGAUGUGGAAAAGGUAAUAUUACAACAUGCUCCAAAAAAUGAUAUGAUGAUUUGUUCAACAAUUCAAAAGGAUAUCGUGGAUUCUUGUGCUAAAGAAACAAUUAAAGCUAUCAUUAAAGACUUGGAUAGUGAUUAUUUUGGUAUAUUAGUUGAUGAAUCAAAGGACAUCUCACAUAAAGAGCAAAUGGCCCUAGUCUUGCGAUACGUUGACAAAAGUGGAGAGUUGAUAGAGUGCUUUUUGGGCAUUGUCCAUGUGAGUGAUACAUCUGCAAGAUCAUUACAGGAAGCAAUUUAUUCUUUACUUGAGAAUCACUCGCUAUGUUUAUCGAAAUUACGUGGACAAGGUUACGAUGGAGCUAGUAAUAUGCAAGGAGAAAAAAAUGGCCUAAAGUCUUUGAUUUUGCAAGAUGUUCCAUCUGCAUAUUGUAUUCACUAUUUUGCUCAUCAAUUGCAAUUGCCACUUGUCGCUCUAUCUAGAAAACACUCGGAUGUGAAAAAUUUCUUUUAUGUUGUCACUAAUGUAUUGAAUACUAUUGGAACAUCUUUUAAGUGCAGGGAAUUACUUCGACAACACCAAGUGGAGAAGUUGGAAGAAUUGCUUAAAGCUGGAGAAAUUUUUACUGGGCAAGGAUUGAAUCAAGAACGUGGUCUCCAACGACCAGGUGAUACUCGUUGGGGAUCUCAUUUUAAGACCUUGGAGAAUUUCAUGAUUAUAUUUUCUUCAAUUGCUAAUGUGCUUAAAGAUAUGAAAGAAGAUUCUCCACUCAAGCUUGAUAGACUUGCAGCAGGAAAUCUUUUGGAUAACAUUCAGGAAUUUGAAUUUGUCUUUAUUUUGCAUUUGAUGUUCAAGGUGUUGCUUUUUACAAAUGAAUUGAAAAGAGUUUACAAAAGAAAGAUCGAGAUAUCGUCAAUGCUAUGGAGUUGCUUAACCUUGCAAAGAUAA